AUGAGGAAGAGCUCCUCCCCUUCCUUGAGUAACUGCAACUCCGUUCUUGCUAACAAAAUAUUUGGAAUUCCACUUGAUGAGCUGCAGCAGGGAGGACAUCCAGACAAUGAGGUUCCGUUCAUAGUCCGCCAUGUAGUGGACUAUAUUGAGGAACAUGGAGGUCUGGAGCAACAAGGACUUUUUCAAGUCAAUGGAAAUGCUGAGACAGUGGAGUGGCUUCGGCAGAGAUACGACAGUGGAGAAGAGGUGGAUUUGGUUAAGGAAGCAGAUGUUCCCUCAGCUAUUAGUCUUCUUAGGUUUUUCCUUCAAGAACUUCCUGAACCUGUUAUCCCUGGCAGUUUGCAUAUUCACUUGAUGCAACUUUCUCAAGAUUAUAAUAAUGAAGAUGAGUUUGGAAGAAAGUUGAGGUUCCUCUUGCAACAGCUUCCACCUGUUAAUUACAGUUUGUUAAAGUUCCUGUGUAGAUUUUUAGCCAAUGUAGCAUCACACCAUGAAGAAAUCUGGUCAGCAAACUCUUUGGCUGCUGUCUUUGGUCCAGAUGUCUUCCAUAUUUACACAGAUGUGGAAGAUCUGAAAGAACAAGAAAUAGUAAGCAGGAUAAUGGCUGGACUUCUGGAAAAUUACUAUGAGUUUUUUGAGAAUGAAGAGGAAGAUUUUUCAUCUAAUGAUUUGAGUUCAAUUACUGAACAGAUACAUGCCCAAGAGUGGGACUGCUGGAUCACAUGCGACUCUAUUGUUAGUUUUGCAGGUAGCAGCGUUCUCCACAAGCUGGAGUCUGGAGAGCAGGCAUUUCACGAGGUCCUAGAGAAGGGAAUUACAGCAGUCAAAGAAGGAAGAGAUGUUAAUGAACUUUCUGAGGAAGAAGAAGAAGAUGAAAAGCUGGAACAUAUAGAAGAACUUCCAGAAGAGGGUGCAGGAAAAUCAGAUGACAUGCCAGAGGUGGUACAAUUAAGGAUGACUGAAAACAUCCUGGAACGAAAUAGUGUUACAGCAUCAACAAGUGCCCAUACAUCACCCAUCAGCAUCUUACCAGCCUCUGCAGACAUUUUAGAAAGAACAAUUAGAGCAGCUGUGGAACAGCACCUUUUUGAUCUGCAGAGCAGCAUAGAUCAUGAUCUUAAGAACUUACAGCAGCAAAGUCUCGUGUGUAAUAAUGAAGCAGGAAGUGUUAAUCGUGAUGGGGAAGGAUCUAAUAACCAGGUUGAUAUUGCUGAUGGUAUUAUUAAUGCCAGUGAACAUAACAGAGACUGUUCAGAACCUGUGGCUAGCGCUAAUUUAGACAAUGAAGUUAUGCAGCAAGAUUUUGUAUUUGAGGAUGAAGAAAAUAACCAGUGUGUAGGUAUAUUGUUAGAGCCGUGCAGUGACCAUGGUGAUGGUGAAGAUGACUGUCUUGAGAGGAAUGAAUAUUUGUCACUUGACAGUGAUAAAUUGUCACACUUGAUUCUGGAUUCUAGUAGCAAGAUAUGUGAUUUGAAUGCCAACACUGAAUCAGAAGUCCCAGGAAGUCAAAGUGUUGGUGUUCAAGAGGAAGCAGCAUGUGUCCAAAUUCCACUUUUAGAUCUGAAGAAUGUUUCUGAUGGUGAUAAAUGGGAAGCGUCAUGCCCUAUCACUUUUCCCCUCAUUGAUUUCAAAACAAUGCAUCUGCAGAGAGAUGGGGAGGAGCCAUUUCCUGCUUUUAAGUCUUGGCAGGAAGACUCUGAGUCUGGAGAAGCUCAGCUGUCUCCACAAGCUGGAAGAAUGAAUCAUCACCCUCUGGAAGAAGACUGUCCUCCAGUGUUAUCACAUCGAAGUUUAGAUUUUGGGCAAAGCCAGCGUUUCCUACAUGAUCCAGAAAUGUCCUCAUCUAAAGCACUUUCUUUUGCUAGGAUUCGAAGAUCAUCCUUUAGUUCAAAAGAUGAGAAAAGAGAGGACAGAACACCAUAUCAAUUAGUCAAGAAACUUCAGAAAAAAAUCAGACAAUUUGAGGAACAAUUUGAAAGGGAAAGAAAUGGCAAGCCCUCCUACAGUGAUAUAGCAGCCAAUCCAAAGGUAUUAAAAUGGAUGACAGAGCUCACCAAACUGCGAAAGCAAAUUAAAGAUGCAAAACACAAAACCUCUGAUGGAGAAUUUGUACCUCAGACACGUCCACGUAGUAACACUCUUCCAAAAAGCUUUGGCUCUUCUCUAGACCAUGAAGAUGAAGAGAAUGAAGAUGACUCCAAGGUCAUUCACAAGGAGAAGAAGCCAUCUAAGGAAGCAACACUUGAACUUAUUCUGAAAAGACUCAAAGAAAAACGUGUCGAGAGGUGUCUUCCAGAAGAUAUCAAAAAAAUGACAAAAGAUCAUUUGGUAGAAGAGAAAACUUCUCUCCAGAAAAGUCUUCUUUAUUAUGAAAGUCAACAUGGAAGGCCGGUGACCAGGGAAGAAAGGCAUAUUGUUAAACCUCUCUAUGAUAGAUACAGACUUGUAAAACAGAUGCUGACAAGAGCUAGCAUCACUCCUGUCCUUGGAUCUCCAUCCACCAAGCGAAGAGGUCAGAUGUUACAGCCAAUCAUAGAGGGAGAAACUGCACAUUUUUUUGAAGAAAUCAAGGAAGAAGAAGAAGAUGGUGUUUGUCUGUCCUCUGAGUUAAGUGAUAUCUUGAAAACUGCUGUACAGGCACAGUCGUCAUUGGAAAACUCAGAAUCUGAUGUUGAAGAAAAUCAGGAAAAACUGGCUCUAGAUCUCCGACUGUCAAGUACUCGAGCAGCUUCUAUGCCCGAAUUGCUGGAACAACUUUGGAAAGCCAGGGCUGAAAAAAAGAAACUACGUAAAACAUUACGGGACUUUGAAGAAGCAUUUUAUCAACAAAAUGGAAGGAAUGCUCAGAAAGAGGAUCGUGUUCCAGUGCUUGAGGAGUACAGGGAGUACAAGAAAAUUAAAGCCAAGCUUAGGCUUCUUGAAGUUCUUAUCAGCAAACAAGAUUCUUCAAAAUCCAUAUAA